AUGGAGGUCGUUGGCGGUGCGGCAGCAGUCGCUCAGCUGAUCGGGCUCUGCGCGAAAUGCAUCCAGACCACAACGCAAGUCAUCGAAUCGUACCAAGAUGCGCCCAUACAGAUCCAUCAAUUGGCGACCAAAAUCGACUGGCUCCAGUUCUGCAUAGGUCAAAUCAGGGAUCUCGGGGAGGGCCUACCGGAUGAAGACUUCGACAAGCUGUUGCCGGCCCCGCAUCGACUAAUGCUAUUAGUCCUCUUACAACGGCAUUACGAUCAGUUGCUCAACAUCGAGGGCGUCGGCAGUGGAACAAAGGGUAGUGGGAAACGACCCAAGCUUCGAUGGGCACUUCUCGACAAGAGGAAAACAGCUGGAAUCAUGCAAGGUCUGGAAGAAAUCCAGCAGAUGCUAAUGCUGACAUUGACUAUUAUGAACUCCCGGUUGACAACGCUCAGCCACACAUUCGUCGGUCUGCUGAGUCUUUCGCAUUCCGCGUUGGUUCCCGCCUUUGAGACGCGGUCACAAGAGAUCAUGAAUUCGUUGAAAUCUUUCCAUGACAAGCAAGAGUACAACCCAUGGAGUGAGUUUUGGUGGAAGCUUUCAGGCUACAUGCCAAUGACCUACCUGUUUGACAAAGAUCGCCUGAAUGACUGGGACUUCGAGGCAAUGGUCACCGCGAUAGAACACUUCGCUCUUCACGGUGCUGGAGUUUCUGCCUCUCUCUCUCCUCCGCUUCAUUCUGAAAUUAGCCUCAACUGCAAGUGGCAUAAACAAAUCGGACUCAAGUGCGAGGACAUAGCGAGAUCAUGGAGCUAUUUCCCGAGCGAUGAGCCCAUACAUGGAGAUGCGUGUACGUUGCCCACCUACGACGACUUUAUCGAACGGGAUGAUCGCAGACUUCCAAGGGUACCGAUUUGUGUAUCCAAGGACGGCUGGAUCAAGAAGACUAGUCAUACCCCCAGAACCUACGAUGAAGUGGCCUUGAGCACAAGUACCAACUGGGUAUGCUGCGACAAUCGGUUGCAGCUUGCAAUAGACGACGAGCCGGGCCAGAAACGCAAUAACGAAGAUGGCAACGAGAUCAGCCAUGAAGAAGACGACGAGACCGUCGAUAAAGCGGAAGGCAACAGAAGACCGGGGUCCUUUGCAUCAUUGAUCUCUACCCAAGAGGGCCGGAGACACUUAUUGCGCUUCCCGCUCGUAAAAGCACUCUGCUGUGCUUUGCAGCGCGUCGGCUACCGGGUGGAUAUGGACGAUGAGGGCGACCUCUGGUACGACGACGAUGACGGCGACCCGUAUUUCGACGCCGUCGAAGAUCUGCGAGAUCUGGACCACGAGCCGGGCCCUCUGGGAGGAACUUGCAGGAUCUGCCGCAACCCCCGCGAGUACGGUUUAGGCCAUAUACUCGACAAAAUUGAGAAUGACUUGGUGGAGUGGCGACAUGAAAGACAGAAGUUCGUGGAGAGAGGGGUGCUGCAGGAAGACGACUAUGUUUGGCCAUCAUGGACGAGGAGGGGCGGCUACCAGGGAACAUGA